AUGCAUGUCUCACCACUCAUCUCCCUCGCCAGCGUCGUCGCUAUUGCUCACGCCUUCCCGGUCACCGGGCCAAGAGCCUUGAUCCAAUCUGACACUGCCGGCUGCGAAACCUCCGGUCUUCUCAACGUGCUCAACUGUGUCGAUGCUGAUGUCGACGUCAACCUGCUGAAUGGCGGUCUCCUCCCAACGGAAAAGGAUGACAUGGAUGACAGCAGCGCGCCUCAGCCAAGCCCAGAAGACUCGAACCCAUCGGGCAACGACGGCUGCAGGACUUCUGGUCUUAUCAACGCGCUUAACUGCGUUGAUGUCGAUGUCGAUGCUAGUUUGCUGAAUGGCAUUGCUGCCCGCGAGAAAAGGGACGGCUGGGAAGAUCGCGUGACCCCGGCCGGUAGUACUUCUCCUGGCACCGCACCACGCGCCCCUACCGACCCACCGGCCGAAACCACGCCUGCUGACAGCACGCCUCCUGUUAGUACCGACCCCCCUGCCGGCGACGAUUCUCCUACUGGCAUCACCAGUAACUGUGAAUCUGCUGGAUUAAUCAAUGUGGCGAAUUGCCUUGGUAUCGAUGUGGGAGUGAAUAUUCUCAACAAAGAGUAA